UUUUUCCCGUAGCUAGAAAAACGGGCGCAAGACACAAAUCAUAACAUUGCAACUGCCAUGGGUAAGGGCGAGAAAGAGAGAAAGAGAAAAAGAAAAAAAGAAAAAAAAAGGGAGAUUAGACUUCUGCUAUCCCACAAACGGUAGCCGCUAGUAAAUGCCAGUCCAGUCACAAAUCCACCUGAAAAACUACAGUUCAAAAUGCCACCGCCGCCCUGUGCCCGAGUGGGCUGAUACGACUCCCCCUCCCUCGUUUCCGCCGAACCCUAAAAUCUGCCACCAGUUGGCGCCCAUCGGCCCAGUCUUGGCGCAAUCACACAUACCAAGAAGGCCACAGGGGAGGGGAGGUAGCGGCACCAAGACCCCCGAGCAUCAGUCCAUACGGAACCUUUCUUGUGCUUUCAUGUCCGGUAUGAUGACUGACGAUGAUGGUGUCUGCAGGCCAACCACGGCGCAGGGAGGUCCUGCUCCGUCUGUGUAUAUACGCUACCUACGACGGCAACAACAAUAUGGCCUCCGUUACUUGGGCUUGGCCUUUUUGCUUGGCCCGGUCCAGCCAUGUCACUCGCAGAGACAUUUCAGACUGCCAACCCGGAGCACAGCCACCCCUCCAAGACAUUCCAACCCACCGACCCUCAGAAACUGACGGACAGCAGUGUGCGUACACAUAAGACCACAUUUGGCGCCGCU